AUGGAGCAACAUAACUCCUCCACCUUCGUCUCCUUCACCCUAAACUCCUCCAACUCUAAUGCCUCCUUCCUCAGUCCUGCACCCAUCGCUUGGAACCGUGAUGGUCUGGCCGCUGGCGUGGUCCUGUCUCUUUGCUUCCUAAUCGGCAUUCCCGGGAACAUCGCAGUGAUAGUUGUCCUCUGUCGGAACCACGAUCUAUCCAGUUUGAGCCGGAGACUGAUGUUGAACUUGGCUGCAUCAGACCUGCUAUGCCUUAUCACCCUGCCUGCAUGGAUCCACAGCAAUCUGUUUAGCUGGAUAAUGGGUCGGGCUAUUUGCAAGUUCAUUUCCAUCCUGAUUUACUGUAGCAUCCACACCAGCUUGCUGACUAUCACGCUUCUGAGCAUCCAGCGUUACCUCCAGGUUCUGUAUCCACAGACUUGGGCCAUGCUGGGAGUGGCAAAGGAAAGGGGAAUGCUGGUUGUCCUGUGGGGUGUAGCCGGGGUCCUAUCUAUCCCUUAUGGGGUUGUGCAAGAUUUGAAGCAGGAUGAGAAUAGACAUUUCCAUUGUACGUUUGUUUUCGCGUCAGACGCUCAGCAAGUGGCCGUGUUGCUCCUACAGACUGUUCUGGGAUUUGUAGUUCCUUUUUGCAUCAUGGCCACAGCUUAUAUCCGCCUCCACCGAAGAGUGAGACAAACAGCUUUUUUCAGGAGCCCCAGGAUGACAAGAUUAGUGACCAGUAUAGUGGUGACAUUUUCUGUUCUUUGGACUCCUCACCAUGUCCUGAACUUGCUGGUAUUGUCAGCCAUCUUUGUAGGAGAUAAGGCUCUGAGAGGAGUCUGGGAGGCCCAUUGGGGAAUUGUUGGAUCUCUGACCGUCAUCAACAGCUGUUUGGAUCCAUUCCUCUACGCCUUUGCCUCCAGAAACACCCACCCAGAGAACAGUACCAAUCCAGUGUGA